CUUGAACACGGAGCCAAUCGAAGACAAAAAAAAAUGGAAGACAAAGAUAACGAGAGGCUGCUGUGAUGAAACAGCCAAACAAGAAAGAAUAAAAAAGUACUUCUUUUAGCUUUCAAAAGCCCCAAAAAUGAAACCCCACCUUUCUUCCUUCUGUAUCUCUGCUUGUCUGUCUCUGUCUGUCUGUGACUGUGUACUUUGGAAAAACAGCUGAAUAGAUACAUAUACAGUUAUAGAUAGUGUGUAGAUCCGUCUCUUUGUAAAAGGUUUUUUGUUUUUCCUUUAAUACAGCACACUUCUUACUUCAUGGGGUCCAUCAAGAUUUCAUCUGGGUCAUCCUUGUUUUCUUCUCCCAUGCCUUCUUUUUCUUGAUACAUAUCAGUUUCAUCAUACUUUCAAGCUUUUUGUUCCUUUUCCUUGAAUAAAGAUAGGGCUUUUGUUUGUUUUUGUUUUCUUUCCUUUUUCUUGAUUAAUAUAUUGAGAGAUGCAAUCGGAUAGGUCCAAUUCUGUUUUCGUGGUAACUCAGAGAAGUCAGUCUUUGGCCGCUAGUGAUGCUCGAGGCAAGCACAGAUUACAAGCUGAACUUAAACGCGUCGAGCAAGAAGCUAAAUUCUUAGAGGAAGAGCUGGAAGAACUUGACCAAAUGGAGAAGGCCUCAAUGGCAUGCAAGGAAACACUGAGUGACGUCAAAGCUAGACCUGAUCCUCUUCUCCCAGUAACAACCGGUCCUUCAAAUCCAUCAUGGGAUCGGUGGUUUGAAGGACCUCAAGAGUCGAGAGGUUGCAGAUGCUGGAUUCUGUGAAACUAUCUUCCGAUUUCAUGCCCUUUUAAUCAUUCGUGCUUGCUCAUACCCUGGGGAUUCUGAUGAUAUUUUACUCUUAUAAAUCUAUACUUUGUCAUUGAUUAAUGUUUAAUCAAAGGCUUCAUUGUGCAGAGGAUUACAAUUUUUAGAAUCUCAUUCUUCAAUGGCAUGCUUUCAUGGUAAUA